AUGUCUUAGAGAUUAUUAAGAAAAUCUCGAACUAAUUUGGGUGAAAUGAGUCAAAGCUAGAGUCAUAGUCAUACAUCUCCGGUAAUGAAUGAGGAUGGCUUGAGAAAUUUCAGAAUUGAAUUUUCAGACUUAUCCAGAAAAAGACUGAGUGAUAGUGGAGAAGUCAAAGAUCCCACCAUCUAUAGUCAGAAACGGAAAUCAAGACUCUCUUAGUUUUCUAAUUUCAAUCCUAGACAAAGAGAUUAGAGUGAUCAUAAUCUGAGUGUGCAUCAGUACACUGCUACUACAAAAUAAUAUUAUCAACUGAAGUGGAAAGAGCUAAGUGGAUUGCCAAAACAAACUGAUUUACAAUAAAUACUCAGGACAUUUUUGGUGAAACUAAAAAGAAAUGCCAAUAUUUGGGAUCAAAUUAACAAUAAGUAUUCUUACCUUAAAGAAACCUAUCUUCAAGAUGAGGUUAGAUUAUAAUCAUAGUAUAUUUCAUAUAUGAGACAAUCAUUUCAUUAUAUUAGAUUACUAUCACUUUUAACUGUGCCAAUUCAGGCUGGAACUCUGUAUAUAGAUCAAUGGAUUCAAGGUUUAAUAAUUUUAUUUUUGGUGAUUGAAUUUAUUGAUUAGUUACUCAAAAUAAAAUUGGUUAAAUUAAAUGUAGUUUGUAACUUCAUUUACAUAGCAAGUACACUUUUGUUAAAUUUUGAUAUAAAUCAAUAGGGUAAAAUAGUCUUAAUGAUAUUAUCCUUGAGUGGUGUUUAAUAUUAAUUUUAGUGGAGCAAAUGUACACUUGCAAUCAUACUCUUAAUAUAUAUCAAUUAUUUCGCUAAUUUUUGGUUAUUGAUAAAUGAUAAUGACAACACAUACUUGGAUUCCAUUAUUUGGACAAUAAAUAAUUGUGUAUAAUAUUCACUAUAAAUAGAAAGUUACCAUUUACUGCAGUUGAUGCCCAAAUAGAAGGCUACAGCAACAAGAUUAUCAGUGUGGCUUUUUAAAUCAUAUCCUUUUAUUUUUAGAUACUUUUCAUUUCAAUUUUUGUGAAAUUCUCAUUUUCAACUAACGAGUACAUAUCCAUUAUUUAUAUUCACUUAGAUAAGAACUAUUCAUUGAUUUUUUGAAGGUAAAUAAGGUUGAUCAAAAUCUGAUAGAUGAAGCUCAAGAUAUAUUGAUUUCAAAUGUUCAUUCUAAUGAAUUGCAAACUGUAACUUAUGUAUAUCUAAUAAAAUAGGUUAACAAUUUAAUGCAGUAAUUACCAAUCAAUAUUUAAAAACCAUUAUUCUUCUUAAUCAAGAGUAAGAAACUCCAUGAAAUUGAAUUCUUUACUCAAUAUUUCUCUAAAUAAUCAAUCGAUGAAAUAGCAUUUGAAUCAGUAUUAAAAUUUUGCAAGCCCAAUGAAGUUAUUGUAGAAAAAGGACAACAAGAUGAAUACGUUUACGUUGUCUUAUAAGGUGAGAUGGGAAUAUAUGAUAACAAUACAUACCUCCAAAGUCUUCCAAUGAAUUAAGCUUUUGGAAUCGAAAACCUUAUAAUGAAUCAAGGACACAAUUUAACUAUGAGAAGUAAAGGAAAUUCAAUCCUGAUAUAAAUAAAUCAUACCAAAUUUUUAGAAACCAUUAAAAAAAUCAAUUGCGAUUUGGAAACCUUUCAUUCUAUAAAAAAUGAAGUAUUAUUUAUGAAUAGAGUUGAACUACUCCUACAACACUGUUAUGUCUGUGGAUCAUAUUAGCAUCUGAGUUCUUUAUGUAAUAGAGUUCAUAUUAGUUUGAAUAAGAAUCUAGUUAUCAGUAGACAUUUGUAUACAAUGCCUUAGAAGAGAAAAAAGUUUGAUAGGAAAUGGGAUCAGAGAGUGAAUUCCCUCUAUAAUUUCAAAUUGGUUAGAAGUUGUGGAAGAAGACUAAAACGAAAUUAUGGGAUUGUAAUGGGGGAUGCUGAGGGCUAUGAAAGAGGAGAUCAGGAAUAUGAGGAAGAGGACGAAGAGGAAGUUUAUUAAGGACAUCUUUCUUAUAAAGACCUGACAAAUCCAUCAAGGGUAAGAAUUUGAUCUAAUUUAAGAAGAGUGUUGAAGUAGUGUCAGGUCAAACUUUAAGAGAUAUUAUCUAUCAUGAUCAUAUAGACAAUGAAGAAUAGUUAUAAUAUUAUCAAUAAUAAUGGUAACAGUAAUAGGAUAUUAAUCGUCAUUAAGCAGUCAAAUAAACCAUAUAAACAGCAGGAUUUCAAAAUGAAGACCUAUAUUUUGGAGAUGCAAUUAACAUCCCACUAUAACACAAAUAAUUUACUUAGAAUAGCAAUACCUUCAAAUCUUCGAGUGGACAAACGUACCAAAGUCAAAAGAGUCAACAAGUAAAAUAGUAAUAGCAAAACUAAUAAUAAUAAUAACAAUAAGUAUAAUAACAAAUACCAUACUAAUCAAAAACAUAUGUUCAAAGUCCUUUAGGCACAAACCAGUUCUUAAUUGCAAAUAAUAGGAAUGCCUAGCCAAAAUUAACAUUCUCAUAUGACCCUUUCUAUCAUGAACAAAACAAUAAACAAACUCUACCUUAACCUUAGCCAGAAUAUCAAGCAAUGAUGAGACCUUAAUUUAGAUCAUCCACUAAUUAUAUUCCUAGUGGUCCCACUCAGUUACCUGUAGUUUCAGAAGAAAGAGAUUCUUAAUUAAACAUUCCGUAGAUGAAUGUACCCUAUGCAUCAGCCAUAUCUAUAAGUUCAGUUGGUAUUUCGAGCAUCGAUGACAUCUAAAGAAGGGAUGGAUAAAACAAUACUUAUACUGGUCCACGAAGGAUGACUCAGAAGUAGACCAACACUAUUACAAGUACUGUGAGUCCAGAUAUUUAGAAGAAGAAAUCAAUUUCUGGAUCAAAUUCAAGAUCUUAUUCUGCUUUGUCUUCUAGAUAGAAUCAACAUUAUAGUGAUUUAGAUAAUGUGAUAUUUAGAUAUGAUGUGAAAGACAAUUUUGACAUUGAUUAGAUAGGAAUCUAUUAGCAAUUCAAGCCGAUGAACAACUACGAUUGUGUGGUCAAUUAAAUCAAGAUCUAAUCUAAGAAAUUAAUUAAAUAGAAGAAAAUAAAAUGA